AUGGUCUCCUUCUAUUUUCUGGCAACCUGCCUCGCAGGCCUUGUGUCUGUGCAAGGACAGUCCACUUCUUCCUUCAAUCCUGCCCGUCCGCCGGCCAUUCCCCUAGCCGUCAAGUCCCCCUACCUUAACGCCUGGCUUAAUGCCGGCAGUGACGGCGGCAAUGGAGGCUAUCUUGCCGGUCAAUGGCCGGUACACUGGAGCAACCAGAUUACCGGUUGGGGCGGUAUGAUUAGGGUUGACGGCACCGCUUACAAGUGGAUGGGUGACCCUCUCGGCGCGAAUGGCCCUGCCGUCGUUGAUCAGAACUCCUACGAGUACACCUCUACCAGGAGUAUCUUCAACAUGAACGUCGGCGGCAAGGUUGCCAUGAACAUCACCUUCCUCUCUCCCAUCACCCCGGAUGAUUUCCAGCGCCAGUCUUUGGUCUUCGCCUACCUUAACGUUGAGGUCUCGUCAAUUGACGGCUCUGAGCACGAUGUGCAGCUCUACUCCGAUAUCUCCGCCGAAUGGGUCACGGGUGACCGUAGCCAGGUUGCUCAGUGGGAGUACGAUACCUCUGGUGAUCUGGCGUACCACAAGGUGUACAGGCAGACUCAGCAGGCCUUCUCUGAGAAUGCUGACCAAGCUGAAUGGGGCAACUGGUACUACGCCACUGAUGCUGUCGACGGCCUUACUUUCCAGUCUGGCUCCGAUGACGAUGUUCGUUCGCAGUUCGUAAGCAACGGCAAGCUGUCGAAUACCAAGGACACCAACUUCCGUGCUGUGAACAACGACUGGCCUGUGAUGGGUUUCGCCGUUGACCUCGGCUCCGUCAACACCAACGCCGUCAACACGCUGUUCACCAUUGGUCUUUGCCAGCAAGACGCUAUUCAAUUCGCUGGCUCCGAUGGCUACCUUCCCCGUCAAUCUCUUUGGCUAGACUACUUCAGUGAUGAUGUCGCUGCUCUCAGUUUCUUCCACAAGGACUACAGCACUUCCUCUGACAAGUCUACCGAGCUGGACAACAAGAUUUCCAGCGACGCCAUUGGUGCCGCCGGUCAGGACUACCUCACCAUCACCUCGCUGUCUGUUCGCCAGGUGUUUGCGUCUAUCCAGCUCGUCGGUACUAAGGACAAGCACUGGGCGUUCCUCAAGGAGAUCUCUUCCAACGGUAACAUGAACACCGUGGAUGUCAUCUUCCCCGCCCACCCGCUGUUCCUCUACACCAACCCCGAGCUGUUGAAGCUGGUCAUGGCGCCCCUGUUUGAGAACCAGGAAUCCGGCCAGUACCCCAAUGACUACGCGAUCCACGACCUCGGCGCGCACUACCCGAACGCUACUGGUCAUCCGGACGGCAACGAUGAGCCCAUGCCUCUCGAGGAGUGCGGCAACAUGCUCAUCAUGGUCCUUGCAUACUACCAGCGCACUCAGGAUCUCGACUACCUGAACACGCACUACGACAUCCUUCGUCAGUGGACCACUUUCCUGGUUGAUGAGGCCCUGUACCCCAACAACCAGCUCUCAACCGACGACUUUGCCGGCACGCUUGCCAACCAGACGAACCUGGCACUCAAGGGCAUCAUCGGCAUCGAGGCCAUGUCCAAGAUCGCCGACUUGACCGGCCACUCCGACGAGUCUUCCACGGACCACGACACUGCGACCAGCUACAUCGACCAGUGGCAGAAGCUCGCCGUCGUGCCCCAGGACGGCAACACGCCCGCGCACACCAACCUUGCAUACAACGAUGCGGGUUCGCACGGCCUGCUGUACAACCUGUACGCCGACAGCGAGCUCAGCUUGAACCUGGUGCCGCAAGUGAUCUACGACCAGCAGAGCGCCUUCUACCCGACGGUCGAGCGCACCUACGGCGUGCCGCUUGACACGCGUAACAGCUACACCAAGACCGACUGGGAGAUGUUCGUCGCCGCCAUCGCCUCGCAGGAGACGCGCGACAUGUUCCACUCCGACAUUGCCAAGUGGAUCAACGAGUCGCCUACCAACCGCGCCCUGACCGAUCUCUACGAGACGGAGACCGGAAACUACCCGAGCGGCAUCACCUUCGUCGCACGUCCGGUCAUGGGCGGCACGUUCGCGCUGCUGCUGCUCAACAACAAAUGA